AUGGAAUACAUCCAUAGGACUAUGCAAUGUCUUGAUCUUAUUCCCAACUUUAACUUCCAUCCAAAGUGUGACAAGCUAAAAAUCACUAAUUUUUGCUUUGCUGAUGAUUUACUACUCUUUGUAAGAGAUGGUGUGGAAUCUAUCAAGCUUAUGAUGAACAAGUUCAGAGAACUCUCAGCAGCAAGUGGCCUUAAAGCUAGCAUUCCUAAAUGCAAAAUUUACUAUGGAGGAGUGGAUAAUACGACUAAGCUGCAAAUCAAUAAGGAAACUGGGUUUGACACUGGUAGCAUGCCUUUUAAGUACCUUGGGGUUCCUCUAGCAGUAGGAAACUAUCAAUUACUAUGUGCCAACCUCUGA